AUGGCGACGCCCGAGAAGACCCAGAAGGAGAAGAAGGUGGAGGAGAAACACCGGGAAGUGCACCAUGCCCAUCACAUAUCUGAGAUGAGGCCCAUCACACAGGGAGCCUACGGCGGGGGCAUGUACGGGACAGAGGCUGGGGAGGCCGCCGGCAAGCCAGCGAAGCCGCCGGCGAGCGAGACGCAGAGCGCCGACGGGCCGGCGGAGCCCGUGGCACCACCCAGACACAAGCCGCCGCCUUCCACCGGCGACGUGGACGUGGACGUCACCGGGCAGUCCUACUUCCAAUGA